GUAUAUAUAUUCCUGUCAACUAUUUGAGUAAUCAAGUUUCAAUAAAAUUCCAAAGUCCAGAGUGAACGACGUUGACAAAGUCAGUAUCCCCGUCGGAUGACAACAUAACUGCUACAUCAACUCCAUGGAGACUCAUUUGGAAAAUUGUAUCUUUUGUAAAAUUAUAGAAGAUAAAGCACCGAGUGAAAAAAUUUAUGAGGAUGAUGAUGUAACAUGCAUCAAGGAUAUUAAUCCAGCUUCGACUCACCAUUAUUUAAUACUACCAAAUAAGCAUAUACGUAACGCAAAAGCGCUUACAAUCAAUGAUGCAGAACUUUAUGAAAAAAUGGUCUCUACCGUGGACAAGAUAUUAGAAAAACAAGGACUUGAUUCUGCAUCUACUCGUACAGGAUUCCAUUGGCCACCGUUUAAUACAGUGGACCAUCUGCAUUUACAUGUUAUUUCUCCAAUAGAAGAUAUGAGUCUUCUCAGAAAGUUCAUGUUCAAAGCUGACUCCUAUUGGUUUGUCAGUACUGAUUAUGUGAGAUCACAACUGCAAUCAUGUAGUUAAUGGACAAUUGAUAUCAUAAUUUAUUGUUGCCAAUGGAACCUCUUUAAAAGACACUUUAAAGUGAUUAAAUAAUUAGAACAUUUAUUAUUCGAGGAAAGAAAACUUUCAAUAGAUGUACAUGUAAGCCACACAUAAUUCUUAAUAUUCUUAUAAAUAAUUCUCCUGUGUGCUGUGGUUUAAUAGAUUUUUAUAUUUAUUGUUCCUUUUUUUGCAAAAUAUAUAUUGAUACCAAUGUAACAAUUGUAGGAUCAAUAUAAAUCAGUACAUCAUGGUAUUGGCUAUGAUGUUUUUUGGAAAAGUCCCUUUUCAUACAUAUGCUUCCACUGCUUUCCAUCAGGAUGGACAUAAUUUUCUAAACAGUCAUCUGUCAGUUUAGUAGAAUAUCCUGGAGACAUGGGUGGCAUAUAACAAGCAUUUUGAAUCCUCACAGGCUGUUCAAAAUGUUCGUGCUGUUGAUCAACAUACUCUAUCACACGUUCUUUGGUGGUUCCAGUGAGAGAAACAAAGUCCCACAUUUGAAGGUGUUGAACCAUUUCACAGAGUCCUAUUCCUCCAGCAUGUGGACACACAGGGACUAGAAUAAAAAUAUUAUUAGAAUGCCUCCUCCAGUGCCCAAUAGUGUCUCCUCCUAACUUACCUCCUAAUUUUUUGGACAUGAAAUAAACGGACAAUAUCUCAUUAAUUCCUCCAAUUCUAGCCGAGUCAAUCUGACAAUAAUUAAUUGCUUUAGCUUGCAAAAGUUGUUUGAACAUAACGCGGUUGGCGCACAUUUCACCGGUAGCAACGCCGAUACCGAAUGGCCGUAGCGCCUCGGCGAUCUUCGCGUGACCCAAGAUAUCAUCCGGCGAUGUUGGUUCCUCGAUCCAAAGUGGCUUAAACUCUUUUAGCUCUUUCAUCCAUUCUAUCGACUGAUCGACAUCCCAAACUUGAUUUGCAUCCACCAUCAAUUUAUUUUCAUAUCCAAUCAUUUCGCGUAUCAGGCGACAUCUUCUGAUAUCGUCCUUCAAAUUCUGACCAACUUUUGCUUUGAAGGAUGUGAAGUUCAGAUCCAGAAACUUCUUGCAGAGAGUCUUCACUUUUUCGUCGCUGUAACCGAGCCAUCCCACUUGCGUGGUGUACGCUGGAUAACCAUUUUUUAUUAAAAAUUCCUCUCGCUCCUUUUUCCCCUCUUCGCUGGCUCUGAGCAUUUCUAUGGCUUCCUCUUUGGUAACGACAUCAGUGCUAUACAAUAAAAUAUAAAUAGUUAUUAUUAAUUUUUUCCAAUUUAAUAGUAGUUUACUUACAUGUAUCUGAAAUCGAUCGUUGAAACUAAUUGUUCAGGAGUUAAGUCCACCAAGAGUUUCCAGACUGGUUUCUUCUCUAAUCGAGCCCACAGGUCCCACAACGCGUUUAUUAUAGCUGCUGUGGCAAGAUGAGUGACGCCUUUUUCUGGUCCCAACUAUAUCUCACAAUAAUUUGUUAUAUCUUAUGUGAUACGUUUAUCAGUUAUAAGUAAGUGAUAUUUACCCAUCUUAAUUGCGUCUCGCUAGUUAAUUUCCUCCAAAACGAUCCAAAGUUAGAGAAAAUGUCAACAGUAUUCUGUCCCUUUACCAAGUAGGACAUUGAUUUGCAUGCUUGAGUAACUGAGAAUAUAUUUAGAAAUAAUCUUAAUUAUUGAAAUAAUAACACAUGUAAAGAAAAAAUUAUUUAUUAAAUGUACCGAUUUCUGUCCCUCUACCCAGAGUGAAUGUUAAUCCAUAUCCCUCGAUCCCUUUGUUGGUCUUUAUCGUAACGUAAGCGCAAGAAUAGUCGGGAUCUGUGUGCUGUAGAUUAACAUAUAUCAAUCAGAAUAAAACUUUUCAUUCAAAUCAUUAUUUCAAUUUAAUUUGCAAUUUUAUUUAAAGUUUUUAAAUUAUAUAGUUGAAAAUUUGGGCUUUGUAUUGUGGAGAAUAUUUGAUAAUUCAUAAUAAUAUUGAUUAUUAAAUAUGGUUUGCUUACCAUAGCAUCGCUACCAUCUGCUAACAGAGAUGUUGGGAACCUUACGUCUUUUACAUCGACGUCUGUAAUUAAAGUUGCCAUGUUCUAUCAGAAAA